AAAGUUACCCCGUUUUACGGUAUUAAAAAUACGCCCCAGUCGAAAGUGGUGAAAUUAGUGGAAAUUUUCGUGAAAAUCAAGUGGAAAACGAUCAGAUAAAGUCAUGGAUCUAAAGCAAAUCGACGAGGAAGCACGCCAGGCGGCGAUCAAAGAAAUCAAGAAUAUGUUCCAGCGGCCGGGGCAGCUGGAAAAGGUUGACCAAUAUCGGCACCGAGUCUACCGGAAGAAGGUAUCGAUCGAGGCGAUGCUCAAAACCUGCAUGCAAAAUCAGACGGACGACGUAAAGGUCGGCGUCAAGAAGCUUCUUUCCGCUCUGGAGGACAUCGGAGAGAUAGAUGAGCAGAUGAAGGGUGCCAUCUCGCAGCUGACGGACGUUCCGUCCAUUUACGACGCUUUGGAAGCCGUCCGGGACGAAAAUGCCAAACACUCGCAGUAUAUGACCGCAAUGGAGAACCUGAAGCAUAUCUUCACCGUCCAGUCGAGCGUAGCCAAAACAAUGCAAUGGAUCGAGGAAGAUAAACUCCUGCACGCCCAUCAGUGUUUGUCUGAUUUGGAGAACUCCCGGGACGAUUUGCUAUUCGAGUUGCACAAGCUUCCAAAGCAAAACGCCCACGAUAAGAUCACCCUCAAGCGGUACUUUGAAAAAGUCGAAACCGUAUCGGCGACUUUGGAGAAAAAGAUACGGCUGAUUCUGCAGCGGACGUUGAAUACGGUCCGCAAGGAACCCACGGUAAUCGUGACCGCACUUCGGAUAAUCGAACGAGAAGAGAAAGCGGACGCCUUUGCUCUCCAGCAGCAGAAACAGACGGGAUUCAUUCCACCGGGACGGCCAAAGGAGUGGCGCAAAAAAGCCCUGCAGGUCCUGAACGAAGCGGUAGUCCAGCGGAUCGAGGGCUCCAAGCUGGAGGAACGAUCGGACAAUAAGUUGUGGUUGGUGCGGGAUUUGGAGCUGACUCGACAGUUUUUGCUGGAGGAUUUGCGCGUGGUAAAGUCGCUUUGCGUUCCGUGCUUUCCGCCGCAUUACAACAUUCUGAAGGAGUACGUGAGCAUGUACCACAACGCGUUGUCGAAAUAUCUUGAAGAACUGAUCCAGAUGGGCCUGGAAGGAAACGAGUUCGUUACAAUUUUGUCGUGGAUCAUGAACACCUAUCCCGGUAGGGAGCUGAUGCAACAUCCAGAUUUGAUGAUUGAUUUGUCGGACGUGGGUCCCCUGGUUGGCAAUGAGGUUCUCAAGGAAAUGGAAACAGCCUAUCUCCAAACGAUGGAACGAAACUAUCAGGAGUGGAUGACCAAAACUCUGGAAACUGAGAAAGCUGAUUGGAUCAAUGGAGUUCCAGCGGAUUCGGCCGAUCAGUACUACCACACUUCGGCCCCGGUAAUUAUCUUCCAGAUGAUCGAUCAGAAUCUUCAAGUCACCAACACAAUACAUUCCGAUUUGACAUUCAACGCAUUGAUUCUGAGUAUCCAGCAAGUGAUCAAAUACGGUCACAACUAUCGCGGUGCAAUAAUCGAAUAUAAGGAACGCCACUUCCGGGAUCGCAGCCAGGCACCGUUCUUCACUCAACAUAUAAUCACGAUCGUGAACAACUGCGCUCAGAUGAAGGAACUGGCUCAGCAAAUGAAGCAACUGUAUUGGCCCAAAUCGAAAACCAUGCACUACGAAGAGUUUGAGCGUUUGCUGAACACCUACCAGCUUCUACGGGACGAGGCAGGACUGUUCUUGCUCGAGGAAGCAUUUUUGGAUUUGGAAAUACAUUUCAACGAACUCUUCACUCUGAAGUGGGUCGGAACUACGGUAUCUGUCGACACAAUCUGUGUUACAUUGGAGGAUUACUUCCAGGAUUACAAUCACCUUCGGUCGGUCAACUUCGAGUACGUCAUAAACGAAGCCCAGCGACUGGUGGCCAAACGAUACAUCAAGGCCAUGCUCUCGAAACGCCUUAGCAAACCUCGUCAAGAGUGCGAGCUCAUGGCCAAGAAGGUCAUCAAAGAAACGAAACAGAUCAAGAUGUUCUUCGAGAAGGUGGCCCCGAAUGUGGCCAAGAACGAUUCGCCCAUCGAUGUGAUCUCCAAUUUAGCGAACCUGCUGACGUGCGAUGCCGAAAUGCUGAUUCUGGAUUUGCACACGCUGCUGUCCAGCUAUCCUUCGUUGACGGAGGAUCACGUGGUGCGGUUGUUCUACAUGCGUAACGAUUUUAAGGCCAGCGAGGUGAAGGAGAAGGUUCACGAUGCGAUCGUGUCCAAGAAGGUAACCGUCAGCCAUGACAAGCAGGACAGUAUAUUCAAGGAGAUUGUGUUUUCCGAUAAGUUGUGGUAAGCGCAAUAUGUUGUAUUUGUAUUUUAUUUAUUCCAUUCGAUAUAGAUUACAUUAUAUUAUAUUUACGCAUUAA